UCUCUCUCUCAUUUGUUCAAUCAACUCAAACCAUGGGGGCCGAAGUGACCAAGAUGUGCGGUGGCGAUGCGGAUGGCGAUGGCAUUCCCGAUGCGCUCGAGGACAUGAUGGAGGACCUCAGCUUAGACAAGAUCAUCGAGGCUAUCAUGGACGCACUGGAGCGUGGUGUGCGGUUUGCGGUGGAAAAGGCAUCAGCUGUCGGCGGCUUUCUCAACAACCCCAAGAUCCACAUUCCCUGGCCGGAGCGGUUCACCAAAGUCAAAGAGAAGCUGGAGAAGAUCGGCUUCCGCGACACCAUUGCCGAGUUUGUCGAGUCGCUCAACAGCGCUGCCGAGCGCGCAGCGGGCUCGGCCGUUGACAUCUUUGUCGGCGCCAUCCGCGGCCUCUCCUUUGACCGCGCCCGCGAGAUUCUCGACGGCGGCGCCGACGCAUGUACCGCCUUUCUGCGCGAGAUGUGCUACGAGCCGCUCAAGAACAUGUUCAAGCCCAUCGUCGAUGCUGCCCUUGAGGCCGUUGACGUCACCGCCAUGUGGGACAAGCUUGUGAAGGCGUACAACAAGAUCCUUUCGUCGACGACAUCCCGGUCGACUUUCUCGACGACUACGCUGUGACCAAGGCUAUCUCGGGUCUUUUUGAGCUGAUCAAGGACAAGGAGGCCGAGAUCCGGGCUAACCCCGCCGGCGAGGGCUCUGAGCUCCUCGAGUCUGUCUUCUCCCAGGCCGCGGGCUUUGCCGGCGCCUCUGGAUGAUGUGAUGCUCCUCCGCUCCCCGCCCGCUUCCCGCGCUCCUGUCCACCAUUGAAAGCUACGUGCUAGA